GAGCUGUUUCCUUGAAGGCAAGAUCUCCUCAUAACUUAAAAGCAUGUUCUGGUAACCAGAGAAGCAGCAGGGAUUGUUUUCUACUUUGAGGAAUUCUUUGUUUUCUGUAAUACUUUAUUUGUUUUGUGUUCUUGCCAGAGAGACAGCAAGCAAGCAACCAACCAAGCAAACAGUGGACACACAGUGACAAGCUGGGGUUCUGAACUUGCCCAUCAGCUGUUCACACCUGCACAUCAGACCAUCCAGCAGUCUUCUGCAUCGUGCGCUCAAUGUCAUCUGACAAAGACACCUGGAUUCCAGAGCAUGAAACCACGGUUAGCGCCAAACUCCUUCAAAAGGCACGGAAGAGCCCUUUGGUGCCAGCUGGCAUGAUGGGGUUUGUGGUUGUGGCAGCCUACGGACUUUACCGGCUGAAGGCAAGGGGGAGUAUGAAGAUGUCUGUCCACCUGAUUCACACUCGGGUAGCCGCCCAGGCCUGUGUGGUUGGAGCCAUAACACUUGGCGCUGUCUACAGCAUGUACAAAGACCACUUCCCCAAACAAAAAUAGAUGAGACAUGGAUGGCAUUGGUUUGUCCCUUCUCCCUGAAUGGAUCUGAAUACCCCGGCGGCAAUUCCGGCAGGGCUGGGAGAUCACGUGGUUUGCUCUAGCAGAAGAAAGAAGCCCCCUGCAGCCUCAACUG